AUGAGCACAGACAUAGUCGCCAAAGCACCAUCAUCAUCAUCAGGGCGAGAUUUGGGCGAACAGAAUGAUCUGUCCAUUGAGCCUGAUAUGUCCGCCGCACCGAGCAGUGCUGCGCUUCGCCAAUCGCACAUGACGCCCUCGAAUGCGCGACCGCGAGAGAGGCGAAGUCCAAAGCGAGCGCCGCCAGCUUUUCUGCUGCAAAUACGAGCCUCGCACAAUGCACUCAGAUCCAGCGACCUGAUCGGCUGGUCCAGCUCUGGCGGACUGCGACCCACAAAUAAAGACGGGAACUGCAUCAAGGAUGCUACCGGUGCUCUCGAGUCACCAAGCAAGGAUCAGCGCAUCGACGUGGAUGGUGACGGCUUGGUACAUGGCCGUGCGAGCCAAGAGACAGAGAUCGACAUGGACGAGGCGUUAGACUGGGAAGCAGAAGACUACGAUGAUGAGACUCUCACAGCCAGUGCUUGCUUCAUCGACUGGGAGCGCAGAAAGGUGACAAGCCCGCAAAGGGGGCACACAAAGCUUGCCGCACCUCUGCCAGAUGCCAGUCCGAGCGUACAGCACAAAGAGGAGACGGCUGUUGCGCCGCACGCCGGAAAGGUACGCGAGCCGCUCUCCCUCCACUCGAAGUGCUCGAUCGAUCAGCUGGCAUCCAGCCGUGAUGCUUCUGAGCGGGCGACCUCGACCGACUUGAGCGCAGGCGCCAUCUUGCGCGCUCAGACAAGCACGGACACGCAGAAGCUCGAUGCUGCGAACGCGGAAAGGGAUGCCACGCCUCACAUCCGGUCCUCGCCCGCCUCUUCUGGCCUCGCAAAGCCAUUAGCGCCUCCCGAUGACGACGUAGCACCGGGCGUCGAGGCUUCUGUCUCAUCAGCGACGUUUUUGCCCUCCAGCGCAGCUCCACUACCUGCACAGGCAGCUGCCACUUCUGCCGCAGUCUCUGCACCCAGCACAGCACAAGGUGCGAGCAACGAGGACCCAACCUUGGUGCCACCAGACAACUUUGCGAUGGUCAACACUUGGGUGUACAGGUCCAGCUUUCCCAAGAAGAAGCACUUUACUUUCUUGAAAACACUGGGACUCAACAGUGUCUUGUGAGCUGCCCGAAACCCCUUUGGCUCCGCCUCGAUCAGCGUCUUGACGUUUAUCUGCAUCUUUGCUUCUCGCAGAACUCUCAUCCUGGAGGAGUACCCAGCUCAGAACAUGAAAUUUUUGCACGAUGAAGGGAUUCGCUUCUUUCAAUUUGGUAUUCCUGGUAACAAGGUGAGUGUCCAGCAAUCAAAAAGCAGUCUGGUGCUCGUAUGACGCAACUGAUUUCCCCUCCCACCAUCUUGGAACACUGCAGGAGCCCUUUGUGCAAAGUGAGCCUAACUUGGCGCCGCGGCAGGCUCGAGCUUCGGCUCAUACUGACAGACAUGAAACCGCUUCCUUUUCAGUACCCGAAAACAUGAUCACUGCAGCUCUCAUCACCAUUCUGGACCGCAGAAAUCACCCUAUGUUGAUACACUGCAACAAGGGCAAGCACCGUACGGGAUGUUUGAUUGGCUGUCUGAGAAAGUUGCAACAGUGGAGUUUGACCACCAUCUUUGACGAGUACAGGAGGUUUAGUCAUCCGAAGUCUCGAAGCAUGGAUCAAGAGUUCAUCGAGCUUUACCAGGAGAAUAGAGUGUGGUCUGAGGUUGGGUACAGGUGGUUGCCGCGAUGGUGAGUGACCCGCCCGCACUUUCCUUCCGUCCUUUCCUGCACGUGUGCUUGACCUGAUGCACACGGAUGUGCCUUUGCGAUGCGUGUGUCAGGACGGUGCUGCAUAAACGUGCCACUAUGAUCGCUGCAGCACAGGGCAUCGGUACGACUUCUUCGUCGGACGAAGACAUUAAACAAGAGCAGGAAUUGCCUUUCUCAUUACCAGACGCCGUAUCACGCACAAGGGCACACGGUUUGCGCAGAGGAAGAGGACGCAGGAAACAAUUGGGCGUGGCGGAGCCCACGCAUGGACUGUAG